AUGUCUGAUACCGACGACGAACCAAUCACCUUAUCCCCAUACGCCUUACAGGCCCUCUUGCAGUUCAAGGAAGAGGAAGAGGAGAGAAUCGCACAGCUCGCCAAGCUCCAGGAGGUGGUGGCCACCGAUGUGGUGGAAGACAAGAGCAUUUUAAGCAUCGACACAUUCAAGGAAGACUGGAACUUAUCACAGUUCUGGUACGCCGAAGACACGGCCAACCUUUUGGCAGACGAACUAUUGGAUGGUGCUGAUGCUGACACUGUCAUCUGUAUCGUCAGUGCCCCAUCGGUCUACUCAGCUAUCAAGCAGCGCGACGUGGUCCUCCCAACCAAACACAUCUAUUUGUUCGAGUAUGACAAGAGAUUCGAGUUGUUGGCUGGGAAAGAGCACUUUGGGUUCUACGACUACGUCGAGCCGUUCGCCUACAGGCAUGAUUUGAAGGGCAAGGUGCACAGAUUAUUGAUCGACCCGCCGUUCCUCUCUGACGAGUGCCAGUCCAAGGUUGCCCUCACUGCCAAGUCGCUUUUGGUCGAGGACAAGACGGUUGUGAACAGCCUUGGCGAGUUGCAGUACAAGUUAAUUUCCUCCACGGGUGAGGUAAUGGCGCCGGUCAUCAGGAAAGCCUACCCGGGCGUCAACAUGACGGACUUUGUUCCUCAGCACAAGAACGGGUUGAGCAACUUGUUUGCAUGCUAUGCGUCAUAUGAAGGUAAGUCCUGGAAGUUCCGUGACGAGCUGUACUACACUCAUUAA